AUGGAUCAACAAGUUCAAAAGGAGACUGAUUUAGGAGACAAAAGUAAUUCGAAUAACUUUAUUGCAGAAGCCGCAGAAGUGGAGAUUGAAAAUUUACCAAUAUGCGAAAAAAAUGAUUGUGAAGUUAAUGCCAUAAAUAAUACCGUAAAUAAAAUUGAUAUUGGUAAAAUAAACUCGAUUCAAAUGUCCGGGGUCCAAAUAGAAGAUGCAGUUUUUCACGGUCCUAAAUUAAAUCCUCAACAAUUUCCUAGAGAUAUUAAUGGUAAUCACUUUCCAACAAAAAUUUUCGAGGCUUCUUUAGCGAAUGGUGAAAAACGAUCUGUGCUAGCAACAUGUUCCGGUUAUUCAAAUGAAAAACUGUGGAAAAAGCUGUACGAAAAAAUACCAAAUCACGAGAAUUCUCACAGUCAUAAGGCAUGUUAUGUUGAUUGGCGGCAAUUUGAGUUAAGAAUUCAUAAGCAUAUGUCGGUUGAUUUACAACUUGUAGAGAGUAUUAAAAAUGAAGCCAAAACAUGGAUAGCAAUCCUGCAAAGAAUUCUGGACGUGGUAUUAUAUCUUGGAGAGAGAGGAUUGGCUUUUAGGGGCAGCAAUGAAUUAAUCGGCGAUCCAAAAAAUGGCAACUUCUUAGGUUCUCUACAGUUGAUUAGCCAUUACGAUACAAUAAUGCAUGAUCACUUGGAAAAAGCUAGAGAUUCUACAUUAGAUGUAGAAGUAAAUAAUAUAAAAAGUCUACUUAAAGAUCUACAAGCAUUGAGAAAUCAAUGGACAUCGAUUUUGGCAGAAUGUAAGUUAGUUGCUGCUAAUACUGGAAUUUCAGUCACAUUCGAGGAAAAAAGACGUAAAAUGAGGAAGCGACAGUUUGAUGAAUCUAUCGACAAAGAAUCAGAUUCAGAUCUAGAGACUCAUUUUAAACAGUUUUUUAUGUAA